AUGGAUGUCGUGUGCCUUGUUCUUCCUCUAAAGAUCAUCAUCCCUUUGCAGAUGGCAGCCCGACAAAAGCUGUCGCUGAUUCUGCUAUUCGCAACAGGGGGCUUCGUCUGCAUCUGUGCAAUCAGACGUACAAUCCUGCUACCGCCGCUGUUCAAAAGUACGGACUACACUUUCGACAUUGACAAGCAGUUGAACUGGGCAUCCAUCGAAGUCAACGCUGGAAUUGUGUGCGCCUCCGUCCCGGCACUCAAGCCCUUCUUCGUGCGCUAUCUGCCCAUGUUUGUCACUUCGCAUAUCACCGCACGCGGCUCCAAGACGAAGAAGACAACACCAGAUUAUCAGAACUACCAACACUCGAAUCCUUACUCGACCACGAUCGAAGCCAAUAAGAAGAGGCGCAACAUCCAGUCAGAAGCUUACGAGCUGCAUUCGCGUGAUGAUUUAUCGCUAUCUUCGAAUGACAUACCAAAGGAUGGGUCAAGAGAAGAUGUUGCGAAGCUUUGGUCCGGAAAUGACAUUCGCCAAGAAAGCAAAAGCUACCGCGAGACCAUCAUCGAGUCGAACCCGAAAGACCCGGAUGACAGUAGCCCAACCAUUGUCGACGAGAUACAGCCGGUGGCGGAAUAUGACUCAAAAGGAGACUCAUCACAGAGAUUGGCGAGCAUGAGCGCUAUCAGGGUCACAACAGAGACGCGGGUCGAGUAUGAUGUGCUAUGGCCCGACCAUUGCAGUCCCAGGGAAUGA